GAAGAUUUUCAGGUCCAUUUUACUAAUUUUCAGGUAUAUUAAUGUACAGAGGAUUCAGUUUAGACCAGUUUAUGAACCAGUGUUAUGGGAACUGUGAGGACGAAGGGAAAGGAAGGCAGAUGCCAGUACAUUAUGGAUGUCCUGAUUUAAGUUUUGUGACAAUUUCUUCACCCCUGGCAACACAAAUGCCACAAGGAGUUCUGAUGUAUCGGGGGUUCACCUUAGACGAGUUCUGCGAUCAGUGUUACGGAAACGUAGCUGAUAGUGGUAAGGGCAAGCAAAUGCCUAUUCACUACGGGAGUGUUGAUCUGAACUUUGUAACAAUCUCAAGCCCUCUUGCAACUCAGAUGCCUCAAGCGGCCGGGUCUGCUUAUGCGUUUAAACGAGCACAGAACGGGCUUGUAGUCAUCUGCUACUUUGGAGAAGGUGCUGCCAGUGAAGGAGAUGCGCACGCAGCUUUCAAUUUUGCCGCAACACUUGAAUGCCCUAUCCUAUUUUUCUGUCGUAACAAUGGCUACGCUAUCUCUACCCCAGUACAAGAUCAAUAUAGAGGAGAUGGUAUAGCGGUCAGAGGCCCAGCUUAUGGAAUGGCUACCAUUAGGGUUGACGGUAAUGAUGCGCUUGCUGUGUACAAUGCAACCAAGGCUGCCAGAGAUAUGGCUGUGAAAGAAAACCGACCUGUACUCAUCGAGGCAAUGACUUACAGAAUUGGGCAUCACAGUACAUCAGAUGACAGUUCAGCCUACAGAUCUGUAGAUGAGGUUAAACAGUGGAACCAGAAGGAUCAUCCAAUCACAAGGUUCUACAACUAUAUUACCAGAAAGGGGGUCUGGUCUGAACAGCAGGAUAAAGAAUGGAAAGAUGAUUCAAGAAAACAGGUAUUGCAGGCAUUUGCCCGAGCUGAGAAGAAGUUGAAGCCGAGCUGGACUGAGAUGUUUACAGAGGUUUAUGACGAGAUGCCGUCAGAUCUUAGACGACAGAAAGAAGAGAUGGAGGCCCAUGUGAAGAUGUAUAGUGAUAAAUAUCCUCUACAGAAUUAUCAGAAAUGAAGACAGGUUGAAUCCUCGAGUAUUAGCUAGUUAGCAGAAGGCGGCGGGAAAGUGGAUAAAAAUUAAAAUGUGAAAAAAUCUGAACAUUUUAAAUUUUUUAUUUUCAACACUUCAUGUCAAAAGUUUUAUCAAAUUUUCUCACAAGUUUUGUAAUUAUGAACUUGAUAGAAUUGUUAAAAUGUUGUUUGGUGCCAUAAAUAGAAAUCUCUAAUGUUUACUAGAUAUAUUAUGUAUUCACAUCCUGUUAUGUUUAUCUAAAUAAAUUUUGUCAUUCAAGUGAA